UGUACAAUAUAAUUAUCAGUGCAGUAGUAGAUAACCACCAGCUGAGUGCUUCAGACGACACAGUACUACAACAGAUUUUAAACGAGAACAUCCUGGGGUCUCUAACUGGCAUCAGAAUUCAUUUUCAUAGUUUCUUUAAACACAAAAAACUUUUCUACGCUGGAAUAAUGCUACCAAAGCAUUUGCCACUCCCCGAAGGUCCAUUUGUCCCUGGAUGCUUUGAUGUUAUGUCAGGCUAUGGAGAAGAGAGUACAUAUUUGCGACUUUGGUACCCAACAUCAUUGACUGAUGUCAAGAAACAUGCAAGCCAGUGGCCAAGGUGGAUGGACAAUGCUUAUUUGCAAGGAUUUUCUGCAAUUUUAGGAAUAUGGCCAAUAUUUCUGCGGACAGCCUUGCGUUGGAUUGGAGAUGAUUUACGUAUUCCUGGCGUGUGGAAUGCUGAUGUUCGUGAAGGGACUCAACAGUUUCCGACAGUGGUGCUUUCUCACGGCUUAAGCGCCUGCAGAUUCCUAUACUCGAGCCUUUGCAUGCAACUAGCAUCUCAUGGAAUUGUUGUAGCCGCGGUUGAACACAAAGAUGAGAGCGCGGCUUCGACGUUCUUUUAUGAAAACGAAAGCAAAUAUUUGAGUGGCAAAAAAAGCACAAUACUCUUCAGGACUGUCAGUGCGACAUCUGACACUGGACACCAGCUCUUAGUCCGAAGAAGACAGCUUGACAUCCGAGCCAAUGAGUGUUCUCGUGCUUUGGAUUUCUUGAUUGGAGUGAACGAAGGCCGCUACUGUGAAAAUUUGCUCGACCCAGAAACAAAAAUAUUGGAGCAAUUGAAAGGGCGGCUUGAUUUAGAGACGGCCUCUUUGAUGGGCCAUUCAUUUGGAGGUGCUACGACUCUUGUAACUGCAGCCAAAGACGAUCGUUUCAAACAGCUGAUUGUUCUUGACUCAUGGCUCUUUGGCUUAAAAAAUGAAGAAAACAUGCCAAAAGUUCUGGCCAAGGUGCCCAAACUGUUCCUCAAUGCUGAUUACUUUCAAUUAGAUUUGAAAGGUAAUUUGGAUAUAAUGCGGAAAUUUGUUUCACCCACCGAUAGCAAAUUCACUGUUAAGAAAUCUACCCAUGAGCAAUUUUGCGACUCACCGAAUAUUAUUGGCUUACGGCUGAACAGAGAUAAACCAAGAAUCGACGGCAACCUUGGAUUGAGAAUCAACACCCACAUAGUGCUCAGAUAUCUUAAAGAGCGCUUAGGUGAUUCAGUUAAAUGGGACAACGGGAACUUCCUGCAAGAAAAUGCAGACCACAUAAUUAGCGAUAUCUCUGUGCAGGAAACCCCCCAGUUGUCAACAAAACUAUAAUUGCUAAAAAUAUUUUUUUACUUUGGUUACGUUCGCAAAGAGCUUUCUUAUUUGAUAUAUGUAUCAUGUUGAAUCACGAGAAUAUAUAACAAUGAAGAAAUCUGUGCUAUUUAAUUAAAAAUUAUUAGUCCACUUAA